AAGACAGUAUAGUAGCUAUACGGAGACUGACAGUACUAAGGACAGGAGGCAAGAGCUCUGGGGUAUAAUCAACAAUGUAUAGAAUGCAGCUGCCACUGGUGGUGGUUCUCACCAUGCUUCCCUUAGCAAGACCACAGCCAUCCGUAGUAACUUUACCAAGUGGCCCUAUAAGUGGAACACUCAAGACCAUUGCCGCAGAUGUAGCAAGUACCCCACAGCUCCAAAACCGUGAUCCUAAAUACAGGGAAUACCUUGGAAUUCCCUUUGCUGAUCCACCAGUUGGGAAUCUGCGAUUCAAACCCCCACAGCCACUGAGUGCAACAUGGACUGAUACACGUGAUGUAACAACACAAAACCAGGGCUGUAUGCAAUCAGUAUCAGCAUUGUCUCCAGAUAGAGACUACAGUGAAGACUGUUUGUACUUGAAUGUCUGGGCCCCAGGAGUCGCAUCUAGUUCAGAGGCAAAAGCAGUCAUGGUGUGGAUCCAUGGAGGGGGGUUUGUACUUGGUAGCACAGAAAUCUACGACGGAACAAUGCUCACGGUGAUAGGUGAUGUGAUUGUGGUCAGCAUGAACUAUCGCCUUGGUGCAUUUGGUUUCCUUAGCACCGGAGAUGAUGUAGUUCCAGGAAACAUGGGGCUACUAGAUCAACAACUUGCUAUUCGCUGGGUGAAGGACAACAUUGCCUUAUUUGGUGGUGACCCGGAGAGGAUAACCAUAUUUGGAGAGUCUGCUGGUGCUGCCAGUGUCACUCAACAAGCCAUUUCCCCGACAAAUAAGGGGCUUUUUCAGAGAGCAAUUUCCCAAAGUGGGACACUGUUUGCUGAUUGGGCAUUCAACUUAGAUAUGGCACAAAUGGUUAAUCAAACAGGAGCAGCAGUGGGCUGCAAUGAUGCAAAUAAUGCAGAUCUAGUGAAAUGUCUUAGAGGUAUAGAUGCUGCUGUUUUACAAGAAGCCUAUAAGCCUCCAACAACAUCAAUGACUGUCAAUUGGGCCCCAGUUGUAGACAAGGAGUUCAUAGUGGAGCAUCCACGGGAGAUGGAAGGCAAAGACAGUGGUCCAGGCCAAGAUAUGUUAAAGAAUAUUGACCUAAUGAUCGGAGUGAACAGUGAUGAAGGCUACAUGUUCUUGACAUCAAACUUCCUGCCAGAUUACAACAAAAGUGAACCAAUACCCUGGGAAAACUCAACAUUUGAUCUGUCUAUGAUGGAAAAUCUAAUGAAAGGAGCUGCUUCUAAGUUUGGUGACACAACUGUUGCAGAUACAAUACAUGAAGCACUUAGAUAUACAUACUUCGGACCCCAUGGAGAUAAUGAAUUGGAGAAUGAAAAAAUGAUGGAAAUUGCACAUGACUUUAUAACAGAUGCUUGGUUCCUGGUCCCAGCAGUUGAACUUGCAGACCUACUUGCUGAGCUAGGCAGUACGUCCUAUGCAUACCAUAUGGAACACAGGAGCCCAAGCGUUAUAGCCCCCGCAUGGGUUGAAGGUGCUGACCAUGGAGCAGAUCUUGGGUACUUGUUCCCAAGUGUAGAAUUGGUCUCUAUUCUACCAGAAACAGAGAGGGCCCUCAUGUACAACAUGAUUACCUAUUGGACUAACUUUGCCAAAACUGGAAAUCCCAAUGAACCAGUUGCCAACCCACCACUGCCAACAGAAUGGCCAGAGUUCACAGAAGAUAGCAGUCAGUACCUGACUCUAUCAGCUGACAUCACUCCUAGUCCAGUAGGUGCUGUCAUCAAAUCUGACAGAAUUAACUUCUGGAAUGAAUUUCUGCCAAAGAUUGCUGAAAUUGCCAAGUGUAGCAAAGAUGAUGAUGAUGAUGAUGAGAAAUGUAAAGGAGAAACAUC